AUGGCCGAAGAAGCGUAUGAAGUGAUGAAAUCUUUGGUAAGCAAGCAAGGACAAAGAGAUGAGUAUCAUGUAUUUGGAGAACACGUUGGUUUUAAAAUAAGAAAAUUACGUACAAACUAUGCUAAAAGUACUGUAGAAUAUUUAAUUAACAACAUAUUGUAUGAAGCAGAAACUGGGAAGUAUGAUUUCCCCCCUCAGCAGCAGUACCAAUAUUUUCAACAACCGAACAACCAAAGUCAGUCUGUAAGUGUGCCAUAUCAAAGCUCUAAUAUUCCUUCUUCACCAUCAAGUUCAACUAUAACAAGCCUUACUUCACCAACACCUACAACACCUGCACCAUCAUUCAUUGACGAAGAUAGUUUCGAUGAAGUAUAA